AUGAAACAAAAAAAUAAAUUCUUCUUCCUUACCCUUUUAAUAUGGAUAUUUAAUUAUUCCUAUGAACGAACUAACUUUGACAAAUCAUGCAAUAAAAAAAUCAGCUUUAAUAAUACAUCAAAAAUAAGACCAAACAGAUUAUUAUAUGGGGAAUCAAAUGCAGAUUCUCAAGAGGCCGUCUUUAAUUUAAAAAAAUAUUUUAAAGAUGAUUUUGAGAACUCAAGUAAUUCAUUAAUAUUUAAGGAUAAUUCUGAAAAUACCUAUGAUUCAUUAUCAUCUAUUGAUUACCUUAAUGAAGUUAAUGAAGAACUAAAGAAAAAACCAAUUCAACGAAAAAAAUAUAAGUCAACAGAAAAUAAUAUAUCACCAUUAACAAGUCCACAUUCAAACAGAUUAGAUUCACAAUUUGAAAUAGAACUACCAAAACAAUUACAUAAUGAACAUAAAAGGUCAAAUAUGUUUACUCGUAAAUCUAAAGAAAUUAUUACUAGAAAAAUGCUUAAAGAUUUUACGCCAUAUAUAUUAAGCUCUGUCAUUUUGAUAAUGUCCACUAUAUCUAAAUCGAGUUCAGGUAUAUAUAUAUCAUAUGUAUUAUUGUUAUUAUCAGUGUUAUAUUUAGUCUAUAGAAUAUUUAAUAAUUUUAAUAAGGGUUUUGAUAAUAUAUCAAUUAUACGUAAGAACUUGUUAAACACUCCUAAGCAUAAUUCUAUAUAA